GUGUCCCUUGAGUUUAGGUGUCAAAAUUUGUGUGGCUUCUAAAAAAUGUUCGUAUCUUACAUGUGUAAAGUUCAUUCCACAUCAGGAAUCACUCUUUAUGUUCUGAGACGUGUUGUAAUGCAGCGGUUAACAAGUGUCCGUUCGGUGUAGUUUAUUUUGAAAGUCUUUCACCGGAUGUGAUGCUGUUGCUGGAUGGUGUGACACAGGAGAGUCAGGCAGAAGACCACGCUGAAGCAAUCCUUGACUCCAGCAUGGAAGUAUCAAGGAGAAGAGUCCUCCAAAGACAUCUGGAGCCUGCCAGACCCCUGAGACGCUGCAUCCAGGUUGACAUUGUGCCUGAAAUGAAUGGUAAUACCUGUACACAGUCACUGAUGGAAGUGGUUGGACACGAGACAAACAUCACCAUAGAGCAGUUCUGCAAGAUUGUUAACCUUGACAAAGAGAAAGAAGGAAGAAUAUCUUACACAAGAGAUUUCUUAAUUGGACUGGCGUGUUGCCCGGAGGCAAAGAGGAAACCAGAGUUCUUGCCAGAACACCCUAUUGUCUUACCCAAGGCGAGACAUCCUGAGCACCUGUGCCUGCCUGAAAACCGGUGGAAUGAGAGAAAAAAUGAAAUGAUGGCAGAAAUGCUUCACCAAGCCUAAGAGUUUUGCACAGGUGUCAACUGAAAGAGUGUUUUUGUUUACUUAUUUAUUAUUUUUGCUGCUUUCUUUGUUUGAAUUAAUUUCAUUUUGCAUGUGAACUAUUUUAACUCGAUUUAUUACAGUUUGAAGUGUAUUUUUGGAAUUUAUAUAACCUAACACCAUUUCAUUUGCCUAUGUUGAGUAUGGUAUUUUGCUUUGUUUUUCUGCUGUGUAGGAUUUUGGCAGCAAUAUCAAAGAAACACAAGAUACUUAUGACACCUGGUAAUGGUAAAUUGUCAUUUAAAUGAAGCAGGGUAAAAAAAAAAAAAAAAAAGCCACUUCAUGCAGACUCAUUGUUUUAUUUAAGUUAUGUUAACAGUGACAGUUGACAAAAUGAUGUGCUCAGCUGAACUCGCUGAAAGUGUAUCACCAUUGUGAUUUAACGGGUCUUGCAAAACAUGUUAACUUCAUUUAUAAAGCACAGUUUGGCUUAA